AUGUCGACCACCCUGGCCAAGGAAAAGGGAGGAGCCUUCAGCACGGUCGCCCACUCGAGCUCGCUGGACUCGGACGCCCAGAGCUCUACGGGUGGCGUGCCCGAGCUCGGCGCGCCGGUGAACACGAAGCAAUUUUGGUUCCAGAAGGCGCGCAACUACGAUCCCAAUGCGAUUGCGACGCAGCGCAGCGUGUUUGACGAUGCCGAGACAGCGGACAAGUACCAGCCGCGCACCGACUGGGAGAAUGUGCACCGGUUCGACCCGCUCUUCCGCUGGACCUGGGCCGAAGAGAACCGGCUGGUGCGCAAGAUCGACGUGCGCAUCAUGGUCUGGACCUGUGUCAUGUUCAUGGCCCUGGAACUCGACCGGGCCAACAUCUCGCAGGCGUUGACGGACAACUUUCUCAAGGACCUGAAGAUGACGACCAACGACUACAACCUCGGAAACACGGUGUUCAAGCUGGCCUUUCUGUGUGCCGAGCUGCCCUCGCAGCUGGUGUCCAAGUGGGUAGGCCCCGACCGCUGGAUCCCUGCGCAGAUGACGAUCUGGAGCAUCGUGGCCUUUAGCCAGUUCUGGAUCACCGGCCGCUCCUCCUUCUUGGCCACGCGCGCGCUGCUUGGCAUGCUGCAGGGCGGCUUCAUCCCCGACGUGAUCCUGUACCUGUCGUACUUUUACAAGCACUUUGAAAUGUCCAUCCGGCUCAGCUUUUUCUGGACGGCCAUGAGCAUCGCCGACAUCAUCUCGGCCCUGCUCGCCUAUGGCCUGCUACACAUGCGCGGCGUCCAGGACAGAUCUGGCUGGCGAUGGAUGUUUCUACUGGAAGGUCUGCUGACCUUUGUCAUCGGCCUUCUCGCCUUUGUUCUCAUGCCCCCAGGUCCCUGCCAGACGGCCAGCUGGUUCCGCGGCCGCAAUGGCUGGUUCAACGAGAGAGAACAGAAGAUCAUUGUCAACCGUGUCAUUCGUGACGACCCGACAAAGAGCUCCAUGCACAACCGCGAGCCCAUCACGCCGCGGACGCUCUUCAAAAGCCUCAAGGACUACGAUCUCUGGCCGCUGUACACUCUAGGCCUCGUCUUCCAGAUCCCCAUGACGCCUCCGACACAGUAUCUGACACUGUCGCUGAAGGGACUUGGCUUCAACACGUUCCAGACCAACCUGCUGACGAUACCGUACACCGUCGGACACAUCAUUCUGAUGCUUCUGCUCACGUAUCUGUCUGAGAUCUGGAACGAGCUGACGCUGACGGCGAUGAUCGGCCAGUUCUGGGCGCUACCUUUUCUCGUAUGGCUGUACAAGGGCGCCACGGUCCAGACGAACAGGUGGACGGUCUAUGCCAUGACCACGGUGCUGCUGGCGUAUCCCAACGCGCACCCGAUCCAGGUGGGCUGGAACUCGCGCAACUCCAACGCAGUCCGCCUGCGCACCGUCUCGGCUGCGUCCUACAACAUGUUUGUGCAGGCUGGCGCCAUCAUAGCAUCUAACAUCUAUCGGAAAGACGACGCGCCGCUGUACAAGCGCGGCGACAAGAAUCUGGUCGCGAUCACGUGCAUGAACAUUGUGCUCUACCUGCUCGCAAAGACGUACUACGUGUGGCGGAACAGACAGCGGGCGGCUAGGUGGAACGCUAUGUCGGAAGAACAGCGGCUACACUACCUGGCGACGACCAAGGACGAGGGCAACAAGCGGCUAGACUUUCGGUUCCAGCACUAG